AUGCGUGACCAUAGCGAACGCUUCAACACAGAAAAUGUCGUUGUAAGCUUCGACGCUGAUGACGACGAUUGCCAUGAAGGGUCUAAUGCAUCGGAAGUGUUGCUCAGCGUUCAUUUCACCAAUCCGGUUAAGCUCCACUCCAUCGUGGUUUUAUGUACGGACGACAACAGCGUUCCUGAUAGUAUGAGGCUGUUCAGCGAACAACCUCACCUCGAUCUAAGUACCGCCGAUGAUACCAAGCCUCUCCAGGAACUGACGGUUGCUUAUGACCCCUGUGGAGUGCUAGAACACCCCGUUAAAUUGACCAGGUUCAAUGAUAUCACUUCUUUACAGAUUCACUUCGUCAAAAAGACCCCUCACAUUUCUUUACGGUAUAUCGGCAUCAAGGGCGAAGCCACUAAACAUCAACGGAGAGCUGUGGCUACCGUCUACGAAAGCAAGCCCAAUAUUGCAGACCAUCAAGUAGACAACGUGAAUUUAGGACGGAUGGGUUUGUAA